AUGUCGCUGAAGAAGAAAACCUUCAAGCAGCGCAUUCGCCAAAAUGAUAUGAAGGGCCGACACAAAGUCUCCGCGGAAUUGCGGAAACGCAUGCGUGUUGGGCAGCGGCGGUAUAAUCGCUUCGAUAAUGUUGAGAGCGGCUCACGGGCGCUGGAGGAACUCGUGGCGGACAUUUCGCAGGGAUCCGCCGCCCCCACCCGAGAAGUGGCGUUAGACCCGCGGAGUCUCACAGAUCUCCUCCUCUGCCCAGUCGUGCAGCCGCAGAGUGAAAGCGGUAAAGGCAACAAUGGUAAUCCUAAUAAUAAGAAUAACAAUAACAAUAAGAAUAAUAAUAAUAAGCCGGCCAAGAUGGCUUUACCAGAUGGACCAUUGCCAGAUGACCACCCGCUUGCUAUCCCAGCGAUUAAAGUGGAAGAGGAUGAAUUAAAUAAGGGAAAGAAUAUUGGUUCUACUACAAGCAAGAAUCAGUAUCGCCAUCAUGGUAGUCCAUAUCUUUUCUGGGAACGAGUGGGAUUACAUCCUUUGUUAUUAAAAGCCUUGAAAUCUAUGCGAUUCACACAUCCCACACCAGUGCAAGAAGAAGUACUACCCAAUGUACUCCUCAAAGAUAAGAAUGGGACAGAAACAACUGUAAUUGGUACCUCAGCGAAGAGUCGUAGAAAGCAACGUGGUUUAGCUCAGAAGGAUGUGGUUAUCGCAGCUGAAACGGGAAGUGGAAAAACCCUUGCCUUUGCUCUUCCCAUUCUGAAUCAUAUUCUGACAACAACACUGGCUAGCGAAAGUGCGACUAUCCUUGAAGUCAAUAAUGAUGAAAAGGAAGAAACCAAGAAGGAAGAGAAGGAGGAGAAAAAAGAAGAAGAAAAAGAAGUCGGAGAUGAUGAUAAACAACCUCAAGAGGAGGAGGAAAAAUCAGCAGUGGAUGGCAAGACAGGAAAGAAGAAUAAAAAAACUGGUGUUAAAAAGGGAGAUCCGAAGAGUGAAAAGAAUAGUAGAAAAAGAGUACGUGAUGAGAAUGAAAAGAGUGAUGAAAAAACCACAUCUACUACUAAAACUAAUAAAGUACCUAAAGACCGACUAAUGCAAGCACUUAUUGUUUCACCUACCCGUGAAUUAGCUCUUCAAAUAAAUGAAGCUUUUCUUCAGUUAACACAACAUGCCCCUCAUGUUGUGGUUGGUUGUGUGGUUGGUGGAAUGGCCCCAGAGAAGCAGCAGCGUGUAUUAAACCGUCAUCCACAUAUACUUAUUUGCACACCUGGUAGACUUUGGGAACUGGUUCAAAAGAAUGAGGGUUGUUAUCUUGGACACAGUAUUAGUCGUCGUCUUUCUUAUGUCGUUCUCGAUGAAGCGGAUAAACUUCUUCAAUCUGGACGUUUUGAAGAACUUAAAAAUCUUCUCGAGCGUAUUCAUUGUGAGGUGUUACCAGCAGGUUUUGUACAGGAGCGUGAGGAGGGAGCAGAAACUGGUGAUUUUGAAGUGGAGGCUGGUGAAUGGGAUGAGGAAAAGCAAAAAUUUGUUCCCUUUUCUAAAAAGUCUAAAGCUGAAGAAAAGGCAAAAACAGAUAGUAUUGAAUUGGAAGAAAAAGAUAAACAAAGACGUUAUAAAAAAGAUGAUCCACGUCCAAUUCCAAUGCCUCCAAGUCCACCAGAUUAUCAACGUGUGGUUACCUUUGUUACAAGUGCAACAUUAUCAUUGCAGACAAAUUAUGAACGUAAAGAUAUGAGAGCAAAAAAGACUGUUAUACGUACUUCUAAUGCUGAUACUAUGAUGACGGUACUACAACAGUUAGAGAUUAAACCAACGAAUGCUCAUGUGUUUACUAUCUCACCCAAGGCAGAUGUUGCUGCAAAGAUACAAGAAACAUAUUUACGUUGUCCUGGAGAUAGUAAAGAUUUAUAUUUGUAUUAUUUCCUUAAAAUGUACCGUGAACGAGCUAUUGUGUUCGUCAAUGCUAUUUCCAUGCUUCGUCGUUUAGUGAAGUUAUUGGAGGUACUGGGAAUCCCUGUAGCUGGAUUACAUGCCUCACUUCAACAACGACAACGUUUAAAAUAUAUUGAUAAGUUCAGAAAAGGUGAAAAACGAGUAUUAGUUGCCACAGAUAUCGCUUCUCGAGGUUUAGAUGUAGAAGGAUUAAAGUAUGUUAUUCACUUUCAAGUUCCACGUUCCACAGAUGCGUAUAUUCACCGCUGCGGUCGUACAGCCCGUUGUGGUGGUACUGGUCUUUCAUUGUUAAUGGUAAAUGCACAGGAACACGUCUCCUAUACAAAACUUAUGGAUUCUCUUGGUCGCCAUGCAGGUGAGAUGGAAGUAUUCGCCCUCCAACCCACUAUUGUACAUCAAUUACACCCUCAUGUGAAAAUGGCUUUACAGAUUGACAAACUACAAAAGGAAAUUGAUAAAUCACGGGCUCAGAAUAAUUGGGCACGUCGUAUGAGUAACCAAGCAGAUAUUGAGGUGGAUGACAUGAUUGAUGAUGAAGCGGAUAAUGAGAACAAGGCAAAGGAAAAGGCCAUCAAGUUACUAAAGAAACGUCUCUUGUUGCUAGUUGACAAGGAUAUGGGUACAGCUGGUGGAAAGGGUGGAUUCCGAACAAGUGCACAGGCACUAGGUGCGAAACAGGCAGAGUUAAAACUUAUUGAACGUGCAGAAGAACAGGUGACGCAAAAGGCGAAAAAGCGUAAGGAUAUAAUGGCAAAAAAAGAAAAGGGAGGAAAAAUUAAGAAGAGUAAAUGA